AUGAAAAUUAAUGGCAUGGAAUUUUGCAAUGAGACAUGUGUGGCUGUCAUAGAUACCGGAACAUCUUUGCUCCUGGGUUCUCAGAAAGUGGCUGACAGAAUCAAUUCCCUACUUGGCGCAACACUCAGUCAUGAUGGAGACUACCUGCUUAAUUGUGAUGCUCUGGAAAAGCUGCCUCCUAUCGAGUUUGUCCUCAGGAAGAGGAAAUAUGUGUUUGAGGCGAAGGACUAUGUAGUUAAGGACUCCGGAUGGUUGUUUUCAAAUUGCCUGUCACCCUUCAGUGGUGAUGACAAUUUACCAGAUGGUAAGUGGAUUCUUGGUGAUGUUUUCAUGGGGAGAUUCUAUACCGUCUUUGAUUUCGGUGAGAAAGAAAUAAGGAUAGCUGAUGCUGUUCAGGCUUGA